AUGGAAGAAUUAUUGGAGCUACUGGACCCGCUUCCUUCGACCGAUGCUGGGGAGAGCUCACGUACCUCAGCAAACAAUCAAAGCCCACAAUUAAAUAUAUCUCCAUCUUCAUUUACGACUGAAACUUCAAGAACCGAAGGAGAAGCCUGGAUAACUGGUGAUGAAGAGGAUGGUUGGAUGCCCAAACCUGCACGUGAAGAGUAUUUGGACCAAUUACAGACGAAUAUCCUGGAAGAUACGUUUAUCUCGUCUUUAAUAUGUGGUGAAAACACGACAGGUGAUCUACCAACAGAGCAUCGUAUGCACAAGAAUCGAAAACUCAAAUGCAGACAAAAUGUCAAUGAUUAUAAGAAUAUGACAAGUGCCGGAGUGGUGGAUAAAUCUGGAAUGGAGAAACGCUCGAUUCGAACAUUGGAAGAAAUGCUGAGUGAAGCAUUACCGACACCAGUGUUUACUCAUGUAUUAGAGAGACGAUUGGCGGUACUUUCAAACAGUUGCAAGAUUGUCUGUGAUCUCAUGAGUCGUGAUCAAGUCGAGAAGAUUCCGAGACCUGUGGAAAAAGCACUGGGCAAUGAAGAAUUGCAUCAUUUAGCAAUUCAUACGUUGUCAGCAUUAUUAGGAGCUUUUGAUUAUACGAAUCCACAAGCAUUGAAGUCAUUUCAAGAGCUGUCGCAGCUCUUGACGUGCUUUCCUGUGCUGUCGUUGUACUCGUUCUGGAGUCCAAUGAAAAAACAGCCGGAUAUAGUGUUAAGGUUGGACAAGGAAGCGGUGGGAGCGUCGUCGGUCACGACAAGUUCUGAUGCACAUGGGACGCAUUGCGUGCUGGAUGGAGGGGACGACACGUUUUGGCAAUCGCAACCAAGACCAGGAGUGGUGUAUUUUGUGGUGAAGACGACAGAGCUGGAGAAAGUGACUUCAAUCACGAUUCACUGGCACAUGAAGUACAUUCCACAAACUGUCGGUGUUCAGUAUCGUCCUGAUGGGAGUAAUAUAUUUCUCCAAAUUGUAGAAGACAGGAAAGUAUCGCCGUCGGGUCCUAUGACAAUUGAAGCAAACUUCCCGACGUCCUGUCGGGAGGCCCGGAUCGUUAUGGCGGGUAUUCCAUUUUCGAAUCGGAAUGGGACGUACGCGAUUGAACACUUGCGGCUGUAUAUGCCCGCACCUGCCUCCCUUUUUGCGGAUCCAAAGCUAACGUUAAGUGCUAUUGCUCAUUGGCUGCUUGGUGCUUUUGUUACUCUUGAUGAGGUUAUGGCUGCAGAGGCUAUUGGUGCACUGAGGGCCUGGGCUUUAUCAACGGCAUCACUUAACGUCACGAUGUUGUUUGUCGAUAUGUUAUUGCAGCUUGAUGCCAGCGCCGAAGAUCCCCGUCUGCAGCGAAUUACAGCGCUUGCAUUAGAAGAAGGUCGCUUUUUGCUAAAGGGAAUUAACGCAUAUCAUCAGGAAAAGUCAAGCCGAUUGGCGCACGAAGGGGAUACGGUGAGUUUUGAUGACGUCCACAAAGUUGCGGCCGUUUUUGAAGCGUCAUUCUGCUCAAAUGGUAUAGUUGUCGAAGACGAUGGUUUCGUUGUCAGGACUCGGGAAACGAGUUACCAAUAUGCAGCUGUGAAUUGUGGAAUAUCUACUGGGAAAGCCUCGUGGAGAUUGCGUCUUGAUACUGACUCACAGGACGACGAGAUGACUUGCUUUGGUGCUGCAAUAAUUCCUGUCACCAUGAGCGGUUAUGAUUCGUCCCCUAGUCUCUGGAUGCUGAGAGGCUACAAUGGCAACCUAUAUGCUCGUGGACACAAGCUAGGGCGAACCAUUGGUAAAGUGCACCCUGGCGAUAUUGUCCAAGUAGAUGUUGACAUGAGCGAAGGCACCCUAGCAUACAAAAUCAACGACACGGACUACGGUGUGGUAUUUACGGAUUUAGCUGGACAUGAAGUACACCCUGCUGUUUCAUUCUACGGCUCGGGGAAAGUAAUUACCUUGCUUGGAGUCACAAAAUGGGACUGCGCUGGCUCUAGUCCAUCUGAUACCGACUCAGUCUUUCUUUCGAGCAUGAGUGAGAGCCACUUUUCAGUUGGAUACGGGACUUUAGGGAAGGGUGGGCAGUUGGGAUAUGCAAGCAAUGGAGAUCCGAGCAUAUCAUCGGGCAACAACAUAUCAGCCAGGGGAGGCGCUUCAAUCCACAUUAAUGGCGAGGUCAAGCGGCGGUGCUUGUCGACGCAUCCACCUUCACAUGGUGACGCCUACGUGAUCUACGACUUGUCUGAAGCCUAUCGCACGGCCAGCGGCACGGUCGCUAUUAAUGACGACACACGCGAUGAACUUAUUCAGAAUCAUGAGGUCGUGGUAGCGUUCAAGAUACUUGGCGACGACAAAUUACUGUGGCAGUCAAAGCCAAUGUCUGAAAUUCAUCUAAUCGAGCAGUUUAAAGUCGACGUGAAAAAUGUGCGCAUGCUGGAGCUCAGGGUAUCAUGUCAAGGAUCUAAUCACUGUGCGCACGCGAUCUGGGUCGACCCUUGUUUGCAUCCAGUCGAAGAGUGGGCUUGCUCAAAGUGCUCUUUUGUUAACCAUGGCUCAGCGAAAGUAUGCAAGGUCUGUAGAAACGGAACUCGCGACAAAAGCUUGGAAAUAGUGAGCAAAUUUACAUCGGAAGACGUUCCAAACGAAUCAAUGCCACUGGCGGUCACUAGGGAUGGAUAUGUUCAGAAUUCAGAAUCACUCAGUGAGCUUUGCACCGCAAUCGUCCGACAAAUUUACGAAUUAUAUCAAGUGGAGCCAGAUAGUUCGAUCGCAUCCAUGUCUUCAGCAAAGUCCUUUGUCCAGUUUGAGGAGCCGUUUUGCCGCCAGCCGAGCAAAGAUGUUUUUUUGUUACUGCUGACUAUACUCAAGCGGUUUCAUGCUAACUAUGGACUAGAUGCUUGCUCAACCAAUGUUGAAAAACAUAUUCGUGAUGGUUUCGCGUAUAUUGUGGGAAUCAUUAGUGCUAACUUGGAAAGUAUUGCAUGUCAUGACGUGAAAGAUUCUGCUACCGAAUUAGGCAUGUCGAUAGAGUUGGUUGCCGAUCUACGAGGGGAACUCGAAACAAUCGCACGGAUUCGCGAAGCACCUCAAAGGGUAGCAAAUGAGAUCGAAAAGGCUGCUGCUCAGACUAUUCUUGCUGGUAUCGUUGUUCUGUAUCCUUCCGCGAUUGAAAAACUGCAAUUACUGCUUCAAUUGUUGCGAUCGCACAUUAUACGCCCGAUGGACGUUACCUCAGCGAGCUAUUUCGUCUUGGUAUCAGUGAUGAGACUUCUUGCUGUUCCAGGAAACGAUGGGAUACUAAGUUUCAUGCCUCAUAUGGCAGUCGACAUUGACAAAUGCAGAGGAUCAAACUCUAAGGAUACUGACGAAGCGACAUGGGUCUUGGCUGUGACAGAAACGGUUGAACUUCUCAUGCAGUUUGUGGUGAGUUCACAACGGAAGCAACUUUUAGCAGGCACUGACGCGUUGAGCGAGAUGCAUCUGAGUCAUGAUGAACUAUAUGAUGCCGCGAUGCACCUCCUGAAGACUUAUCAGCUAUAUUUGCUUUCGGAAGCUGUCGAACUGACGAAGGCAAACGCAAAUGAUAGUGCCCCAGCUAACCAACGAGAUCCGAAAGAUCUGAGAGCAAUGUCCCAGCGAAGACUUCAAGUCCAGGAAGCGACUCUCGAGUUCGGGUUUUUGUCUUUGAACGCAUAUCGGGAUCUGAUUGACAGUAUUGUCGCCUUCCAGGCAAACGAAUCGUUUGUUCUUUCCCAGGCAGCAGUGGUGCGCCAAGCAAGUGUACGUUCGUAUAAGAUCCCUUUGCUGUCGGAGGUGCUACCCUGGUUUGUUGCGUGCUUGUGCCUGUUGCGCCGCCACAUGUGGCUUGCCCGACAAUUACUUCCAGUGACGGUAAGACUUCUUGAAACGCUAGACCACUUUUGCUCGGAAUCGCAGGCUGUGAGAAAGUCCGCGCAUCGAUUUCAGCAACUGGAAGCACACCAGAAGGCACGUUUAAUAGAAUCACAAGAAUUGGAGCGCGUAGCUGCGCUUGAAAAGGAACCUUGCUUCCGAGCACGCACAACGAAACGGCUGUAUAAUGUUUUUCAUCAGCUUUAUACCGGCGAGAAGGACCAUUUUGAAGGCCAGAUAGGGUUUCAGUUUGAAGCAACUAGCUCAUUCACAAUCGUCGCUCUAGGACGCUCUGUCAAUCCGAAUAGGCAUGGUGGAAGACUAACGCGUGAGCAUUUAAUUCGAUUAUGGGAGGAAGGAUCGCAGCUAUUGGUUGCACAAGUUGCAGUCGGAGGGAGUUCUAAGAAAGAUGCUUUAGGUUAUGCGCUGGAAAUGCUGUCAUCUCCUGCAAAAAUUACUCAGGGAAAGCUAUACCGGUUGACGACACAGGAGUUUGCAAAUGGUGGAGACCCAUGGUACAAGAAAGAAAAUCUACCGGAUGAAGAGUACGAUGCAUCGUUUAUUAAAAUAUUGCGGGACUGCUACGCAUCCGGGUCUGUGGGAUUUCCAGGGUCUCAAAACAUGAUGGGUGCAGCGUACGGCGUUCCGACGUUCAUGGUUCAUGAUGAAACCCCUUUGGCUAGCCUUUCGCGGUUUGUGCCUCCACAUGGUUGCCUUCCACUACAAUUUAACACGAAGAAAAAGCUGAACUCGGUGUGCAUCAGCCACACAGGAACAUCGGCCUAUGUGAGAGAUAGCACCGAAAUGUGGCGAACUUGCCUACUGCGAACGGCGUUUCUUCAUGGUGUUCAUUCGGUUGAUUUCGCUCUCAAGUGCUCGCGUCCUGGAGGAAUGGUAUCUGGGCAUGUUUGUAUUGGAAUUGAUUGGAGGCAGCCACAGAGAGAGUGCUGCUUAAGCUCACAGCUCUCUGCGCACGAAACCUUUAUGGGAGAAACGCCGACAAGUAUCGGGUGGAUGCCCUCAAUCGGCUCUGUUUGGGUAGGAGGAACGCGGUAUGAUUACGGGCCGAAGCUUUCUGUUGGUGUGGGCGACAUUUUUACGGUCGUUAUCGACUACGACUUGCAACUUUUGUCAUUCGUGUACAAUGGAAAAAGUAUGGGGAUUGCGGUGGGUCCCACAGAAUUCCGACCUCUGGGACCAGCAAUUGAAAAACUACCUGAAGUAGCCACUGCUGGAGUAUCACUCUACGGUUCUCAAGAUGUUGUUCAAGUGCGUCCGUCAGGAAUCGCAAAGUCAAGUCUUUGUAUACACUGGCUAUUUGAUUUGCAUAAUUCAUUGGCUUCCCUUACUGGCCGUAUCGCUGGCACUCUUAUUGCUGGGCACCCGGUAGAUGGGGCGGAAGAAGAGCUGUUACCUUGGCUGCAGUCGCCACUGCUUAGUGGAGGUAUUGCAGAGCCUUUUGCCGGACAGGACCAGUCAGGUAUGAGCAUACCAUUGCUUUGGAGCGAUGUACUCCAAGCUGAAUGUGCUCGUUAUCCGGCAAAUGACCAAAUUACUGGAGCUGGAGUCUUGACAGGUUUAUCGCAAAAUACGUUGUCAAGUAUCGGAGAAGAUUUUGCAAUGAGAAAGCGUGAUUCAGGAAGACGCUUCGAAACCAGUGAAGCUUUAAGCCAACGCGAUCCUGUGUUUUGGGGUAAUUGGACGGCGGAGAUGACUGGGCGUGGGCCCGUGCAACUUAUUAUGUCAUGGCUGGAGAGACACUGCCCAGAUCAUACUUUCCUGAGUCGGUUUGGAAGUUUCCCGUUAUGUGAACGAUGGAUGUGCGCUGCUUUAAUAAUGCAUGCACCCUCUCACGUACUCCAAGAGGUGCAAGCAAUCGCUGCAGGGGCGGGGGUCAAUACGGAUUGCGAAGUUGUUGGGACAGAUUUUUUUGUUUCUCACGCACAUUUUACUCCAUCCGACGAUAUUAUUCGUGUUUGGAAGCGGAUCAUUAUGCUGCGUCAUUGGCUGAUAAAGGUUCGACAAGAGUAUCGCGCAAGAGAAGCAGACGAACCUUCACUGAACGAACACGAUACACAAAAACUGGAAUCGGAAGAGUCUGCUGCAACGACCACGUAUUUUCCGCCAAGGCGAUUUGGUGACGACAUUAAUUUGGAGCAAAGCGUGGUGGUGCCAAAAACGUUCGAUGACCUCUUAAACCAAGUGAUUCAACGAGCAGAAUUUCUGUGUAAACUGGCCCCACCAUCAGGAGAAGCUGAACGUGUUAAAGGAGACUCGCAGAUUGCGCUCUUCAAUUUAGCGGAGAAAUGGAGUGCUCAAAAGACACCUCCAUCGUUACAACCAAUGCUUGAACGCUGGAAAACGCUAGGUAAGGCAGAUAGAUAUAAGUGGUCUGGAAUCGUCGAUGUAUUACGAGCUCAGCAUCGCUGGAGAGCUCGACACGCCUCUAUUCAAGGGCUCACAUUCACUUCGCCGCAAUUUAUUGCAGAUGACGAUGACAUGGAUUCGAAGGAUUCUGAUGACGUUUUUGAGACCAAGGAAUACGACUACACAAACACUUUUUCCGCAAUGAUGAAAGCAUGCGAAUUGUAUAUUCGUAACGGAACUGGAGCACCGCCCGAAGUGCUCACAUUACUGCUCGAAAGACGCCAACGGCGAUCGGAUUCUCGACUAUUUGGUCUUCAAGCGAUGAAGAGCAUAAUAUCGCUGCUGUCUUACGACUCGGCUAUUCACAAUGCUCUGAUUUUCUUGCGGCCUGCAAUGAGAGGGUUUACUGAGAGCGAGAAAGAAUCACGAGAACUGAAUGACGGGCAGGUUGUGACAGAGACAUUUCGGGCUACUGUUCGCCAUCACUAUUUGAAAGGACUCGAGGGUUGUAAUCGACAAACCAUUGAAAGCGUUCAAAACGCUUUUUGCGAAUUAUACACCCAUUUGGCACAACUGCUCGGUGGGAGCUCGGGCUACAGUAUAGCCGAUCCACAGCUAAAGCAAACUAUACUGUGCUCAUGGAGUUUGGAUUUUGAGCCUCGGGAUCACCAGUUCUUGCUUGACACCGGAAUUCUGUCCAAAUUGCAGGAAAUAUUUUCCAUUCGAUCUGUUCUUCGCGAGGGAGUCGCUGCCAACGAGGUUAGGACCCUGUCACCUGGCUCACUACGUGGCUACUCCAGUAUUAACUGGCAUCCUUUGUCAGAGGAAUUUGUUCAGCAAGGACUUCUACGAAGUGGUUACAUGACCAAACGUGACGUUAUCCGGCUCCUCCAUCGGGCUCCUCCUUACGCGUGUCCAGCAGAAUGGUGGGAGAAGAACAAUAUGGAGAAGACAAAAGAUGGCGUCCCAAUAACCGCACGCCACACUGCUUCCUCGCUUUUGUUACUCUAUGCUGAUAUGCUGGCUGGACUUCAACGAAAGCUGGUUGGCCCUCCGCUUAGUGCUCCUACUUGUAAAGUAUUGCUUUUCGGUAGUCGGAUAACACCACCCACCGCACGUGGUGUCCAAGCAGCUACCAACCCGAAAACAGACGAUAUCAGCUACGUGGAGAUGCCGGCGCUAGGUGAAGCAAAUGAUUUCACAAUGGAAAUGUGGAUCUUUCCAACUGAGCUUGUAGGAAAUCAAGCAUUAUGGUGUAAUAAUGGCGUUCAAAAUGGAAGUGUAUACCUGGAAUUAAUUGGGCGGCAUUUGCAGCUAUCGAUCCCAGGUAAUUCCCCACGUGAGCAAUUGUUUAGAUUGUACCAAUUUCAGACUUUUAAAUGGGUUCAUUGCGCGGUCACGUACGAGACAGCAAAAAGAUGUCUCCAGUUUUUCGUGAACGGAGUUUUAUCCGAGAAAAGAGAAUUUGAACAAGUUUGCAGCAGCGUGAUCUUCCACCCUUCGCGACUCGGUUGUUGGAUGAGUGGUAUCGACACACAUGGUGAAGCGCUCACGAACAUCUUUUCACAGCGCACAUUUAAAGGAUCGAUUGCUGAGGUGCGAAUAUGGAAAGUCUCGCGUGCUGGUCAUGAGAUUCUGCGUGAUUUCCAGCGCAGCAUUCCUCUGGUAAAACACCCGACUGAUUCAUCGGUCACAAAGUCACAAGGUUUCUCCAACACUAUGAUCGGUUUGUGGCAUCUGGCGGAAGGAGAAGGUAUAUGUGGCUAUGAUUUUGCUCCUGUGCUAAAAGCUGCAACCGAAGGUCCCGAGGCAAGGGGUCAUAACUUAAUGAUGUCGCACUGUCGUUGGGUUCCUGCAGCUCUACCAGUCUUUGGAAAUGAUAUUUUAGACAAUAUGUCACCGGAUGAAUGGAGCCGGACCGUAAUGUCCAUUUGCUUUUUUCAGCGAAAAGUUCGAUCGUGGUUGACGACUCAAUUCAAUGAAUCCGUUCGUCUCGCAAAACUGGUCUGUGAAUGCGAUGAACACAUUGCAAUACAAAAAUGGAACCAGUUAUCGCGGAUGGAUGGCGAUGAUAGCGAGGUUACACUCUGUAAUGAUAUUGAUGCAUACUUGCGUGGAGGCAAAGCCGAACGGGGUGAAUCGACUGACCAGUGGCCGAACACAAUGACGAGCAAAAUAAUUUCUCAAUGGAACGCGUGUACUGAUGAGCAGAUGAUUAUUCGAAAGCAAACAAGAAGAUGUGCAUGGGUUGUUUUUCGCUUCUUAGCGUCAACUGAUAUAAGUGGGACUUACGAUAGGCGAGAAGAAGAAGCUAAGUCGGUUGCUGCUGUUGCAAAAAUGAAGCGAAAGCAGCGGCUUCAAAAAGCAGGCAAUUCCGAGACUGGGACAUCGCCUGUGGUUAAUGAAUUGCUAAGUGCCCAAGCCUCACACGGUUCGAGUUUGGGUCUCACAAUUGAAGAUGCUGCUACUCGAACAGCUGAAGCUGCAAGCGAUGCAGCUAAGAGUGCAGCUACGAACAGAGAAAUGAAAGAGCCCGUUCUUCAAACAUUGUGGUUUUCAAAAGAGUUCCACAGAAAAGUGUUUGAGGUUCUUGAAAAAGAACUGAUUCAAGGAAAGGGACUUACUGAAGCAGCCGAAGGACUGAUGCGUGCUCAGCGAAUGCCUCGUUCAGUUUCAACUCCUGUCCAAAAGCGAGGUGCGAGUCUCCGUCAAUACCCAAGCGAUGUAGCGCUCGGAAAAUCCGGAUUUGUGAAUGUUCAUCAUGCUCCGAGUGACUUAUCGGAAGACAGUGAGCUUUUAGAGCCGCUCGAAGUUGAGACGCACAUGUUUGGGGUCCUGUUGUUCAUGCUUUCGCAAAGUCAGCAAUCUCCAGCAAUCACAUAUCUAGUACGUGCGCAUAUGCUUCGAGGUUUGCUAGAAAUGCUUCGCAUUGCGUCUCCUCGGUCCCAGCGUGUUAUCAAACUGCUUCUUCGCAGAAUUUGUUGUAGUGUCAAGCCGUCCGACGUUGGUGCCGUCCUUGGGUCCGAGUCCGUGUUGAUCGAUCUGCUGCUUAAUCAAGUGGCUGAGUCAGUGUGUAGUACAGCUGCACCUAUGGCGACCCACGCAGUCAAAGUCCCAGCAAGUAGUGCACAGGCUGGAAAUGCAGACAAAGACAAUUCGUUUACAUCGUCAGAGUCAUUAAGCAACCCAAUCGGGUUUCGUUCUGGUGAAAUCUCUCUGGUGAUGGCCUCGGAAAGUGUGGCUUUGUUGCGGCUUCUACUGAUGGAAAAGCACUGGAAGCAAGAAGUAGCAGAGAACUUAUGCAAUGCAAUUCGCAACAUCACCCCGAUUCUGGCCAGGAAAAAUCAUGAUUCUGAUUCUUGGUCACCAGAGAUGAUGAGAAACGCAGAUCCUUCCGAUAUCAGGAUCCGGGCAGCAAUCAUUCGAGCUGUCGGGGCUCUUUCUGUGCUUGGUACUCAUUCGGAUUGUAUUCGAAUUGGCGGAAAAGUUGCGGUCACUACUCAAGGUACUAACAGUAGCGGGACCGAGAUUGCCUCGGACGGCAGUGAAAAUUAUGUGAAUGCAACUUUGAUCGAGAUGAAUCCGCACGCUUCUACAGUUCGUGUUAUCUUUCACCCUAUGUCGUCAGAUGUGGACUUCGACCCCAGUCACAAUGUACAAGAUGUGAAGCUGUCAACUCUCUCUCCGACUGAAGAAAUCUUCUUAUCAUCGACGGUCGUGCCACUGUCUAUGGACAUGAUGCCUGUGAUUCUACAGCUCACUUCUUUGGAGGAAACAAGUGUUUUGAAGGAAUUUGACAGCUUAUGGAGAUUGCAAAUCCGCUCUCGUGCGUUGCUGGCUCUAGAACCUCUUUUGCGCCAUUCAGUUCUUGUGACAAAAAGUUUUGCUCACGAUGCCAUGGCCCAGAAUCUGCUUCGAUUUGCUUUAACUCCAACAAGUCUUGACAGCUUUCUCAGUCUGCCAUUGCUUCAAGAGCGAGGUCGAAUGAUUUUGUGUCGUUUGAUAGAGUCCUCGACUCCACUCGGCAAAGCAAUGUUUCACGGGCUGAAGGAACCUAUAGCCCCAGCACUUGCCGCGUCUGAAUCAAUAGCACUUCCAAAUUCUAGCGACGUUGAAGUAAACGAUGACCCUGCCGAAGAAGAAACAGAAGCUCAUCGCGUCCGUAGAGGUUUUGCGUCGACGCUGGCUGCUAUGGGUUUUGAAUUUGACUUAUGCAUGGCUGCAUUGGAACACUCCCGUGAUGACCCUAAUUUGGCAGUUGAAUGGCUGAUGGGUGACGGCGCAGCAACGUACCAGGAACGUCUAGAAGCACAACGCUUAGCACGGGCAAGUAUCGCGGCUCAUGGGUUGGCUGAUGGAGCAGAUGGGACUUCAGGUCUGACAAUCCAAACGAAGGCGACAGAGCUGCAAAGUAUCUCUGGAAUGCCUUAUUGUCUUGCGUUGUGCGCUUUGGAGCUGUCGAACAGCGAUCCCAAUCGUGCUAUGGAGUGGCUAAUGGAACACGGCAGUAGCUAUAUCGAAAAGUUUGAUUCGCUAGAUCUGCUGACCGACGCAUUUUUGGCGGCGAGAACUGUUGUUUUGGAAGACCGGGCGGCUAUGGAAGAAAUUGAUCAGCCCGACCCGCUUGUAACGUCUACCAGCCGCCAAGACGCUAUAGCUGCCGAAUAUUUGGGCUCUACUACAUCAACACGAAGUGGAGAGGUACCUUACACGCCAAGCGCUGAUGCAAUGGCAGUGACCCUAGCUCCAAUAUUAGCGCCCGGUUCUCUAAAGCUUAACGCAGGGGCUGUAGCAGCCCGUGAUGUGAGUGUAACAGCCUUCUCGCCUCUUGAUCCGGAGUAUUUAACUCCAAACGUCCUCUUGACGGUAACAAGUGACUGUGGCCCAGUUCAACAAGCAGUUGCUAGUGGACGAACAGGUGUCUACAGGCGCUAUUCACCUGAUGACGGUGUGCUGAUAACUUUCUUGAACACGGAGUCUGGCGCGUACGAGGACGAAUUUUGUUCCCCGCGUGACUUGCGUCGAAUUGUAAGGAUUUUUGACGAGCCUCUAGAGGGUGUGGAAAGCAUACAUCGCGUCGCAACGAGAACGGAGAAUGCUCUUUCUACGUAUUAUGCCCGACGUGCUAUUACAGCUUUACUCUGCGCUUUCGCUUCUCUUGAGGAUUCAAUUCCGAAGGUGCCAGGGAUGAAGGACGUUGAUAAUGUUCAUGCCCUCGAAGAUAAGCCUUCAUUGCUAUCGUCUUCGCUUGCGAGUGAAAUUUUUAGUGUUGUUGGAGGUCCGCGUCAGUUCGUAAAUCUCCUCAAGAUGGUGUCUGCCUCCGAAAUGAAUUCUAUCAAGCCCCCGGACGCCAAUGGCUUACCAAACAGAAAUCAUGCAAGUGGCACAACAGUUGCUAAACAGCCCGUCUCCUUAUUGGCAAGCAUGCAGAAGCUAACGCUGAAACUACUACGUGAAGAAGCACGAAGGGGAAAGGUCAAGAAUUUCGGAUUACAGUCACCUCGACCUCGCUCUCGUGUCGCAAAACAAGCUGAAGAUCGAACGGAUUUUAGUGGUGUAGUAUCGAUUUGUCAUUCGGUUCCUGGAGUUGCUGAAUACAGUGAAAGAGGCGACGAUGAAGAGCUGAGGCGAGCUACCGCGAUGUCCAUCGAAGCAUCGCCUGUGACAACUGCGCGUAUGGACUCGGCAGAAGCAAGGCAUGAUGGAUGGCUAGUUGGUGAAAGAAAGAGUGAAGACGCAUCUAAUUACAUGAGAAUAAUUCACCAACCGUCCGACCUAGAAGCACAGGAGCUUACUAGUGCAUACUUGGGUGGUAGAGUUGAUGGCCACGACGGCCUACUAUCUAGUGUGCUGGUCAAGGAGUGCGUCAGUCACUUUGUAGAGUCUACGCGAAUGGCGGAAGAUGGUGCAGGCGAGGUGUCAGCGGUCCAGGAGUUCCAAUCGUUGCAUCCAUACUUCGGGCGAUCCGAGUACGCUCGAGCUGUAAGGAUUGACAGCUCUUAUCGUUGCUUACGUAUUGUGUUUGACCGUCGCUGUCGAUUGGGACCCAAGGCAAAGUUGACUUUCUUCGCGGACCCGGAGUGUGAGGAUCGCAUCGGGAUGGUAGACAAUGCCAUGACGGCUUCUGGCCAUCUUCUGCCGGAUGUGAUUAUCCAUUCGCAUCAAUUUUGGUUCCGCUUUACGGCUUCGGAAGAACACGUUACAAAAGAUAAUGGCUAUGGUUAUCGCUUUCAAGUAAAGCCCAUGACUAAUGUCCGUUGGACGAAAGAGUCUGAAGUGCUGACAAACCCAUCGCUGGAGUGGGCAUGCUGGCUGCUGGAACUUUUGCUUAAUGACGCGACGGAGCUGGUAGCCCAUGGAGCCGUACACAAUCGCAACAUCUAUGAUGCCCUUGUACGCUACCUGCGCUCACCAGGAGCUCCGUAUAAAGGCCGCGUUGUGCGCUUGCUUCAGCAAUUGUUGUACCACUCUGAGCUAUUCCCGGUUGAUGCAAUACCCGAAUUGGGCGCUUUGGAAUCGAUCUCCCGGUUAGCAUUGACAUGUGCUGAGGUCGAUAGAGCAAGUGGCAAGGUGUUUCUCUCAGCACACUUAUUGCAACUAGUGGAAUUAUCCAUGAUAAUCUCCUCCGCUGCGUCUGUCUUCGAACGCAAGCUUGCUGGCAUCAGCGUAACAUCAGCACCACUUCUAGCUGCACCAUUUGAUUUGCCUGUGCCGUUUAAGCAAAAACGCGCGCGAGAUAGUCUGAAUGAUGUGUCGGUGCUCACAGAAUUUCUGCUUGGGCAAACGUCUAAUCUGCCUCAACAUAUCUUGGUUGCGAUAUGGCUGGAGGUCUAUGGGUCCUCCAUAGUCAUCGAAAGUUCCCAUCCGUACGCUUCUGGCUCCCAGCUAAAUGGCGUCGUUGUGUUUGAAGGUGCUGAAUCUCUCUGGGUAACGUUCGACUCACGCUGUUCACUAGCGCCUUGUCAAGUAGGUCAAGCAAUGUCGAGGCUCGAUUUAGCCAGCUUUAUGAUUGAUUCUCGUUACGACGGUGCCGGUGAGCCAACAAAGGAUAUCCGUAGCAACCGAACGUAUGUGGAGAAUGGGUGGCCUAAACGUGCCAUUUCUUAUGAUGGAAAUCAUCUGGAGUACACGUUCCAUGCGAAUGAAAACGCCGGGGAUCACUUUGGCUUUGCAGCAACGGUAAAUGCUCCUGGCAUUUCGAAGGAGAAACAGAUUUCGUGCGCAACUGUUAAGGACAUGGAGCACAUUCUCCAACGGCUUGUGCUACUGCAAAAAGGUUCAAAUGGCUCUUCGAAUGAAGAGUGCUGGACGGAAGCAAUGGACUCACAGCUCGUGGAUUGGGUCAACAAUCACGUGGAACCUACAGCGUCACUAUCGUCACCCACCCCAACGACGACGCGGCAUUCUGUGGAUCUACAGCCAGUAGAUAUCAAGCUCAAUCAAACGGUUGAUGGGCUGCGCUGCUCGCAGAUAUUGAACCUGUCACUGGAGUCGCUACAACUUCGAUUUGCGUUGUUGAAGUAUUUCAACAUGAGCCUACAGCACUGCUUGUCAUUGCUUGACCUACGCGACACAAAAUCGCCGUGGACGAUAGCACACCGGUUGCGUCAGCUGAGCCAUUGCAUCUUCUUCGACGUGAAGAGCGCACUGGUGGAAUCUGCAAUUGAAGCUACGAAUCUUCCAGGAGAGAUUUCCAGUGGAAACUCGCAACAGCAGACAGCGCGUAUCACACUGGACCGAAUGCAGGCGCUCGAAUCGCGUGACGACCGCGAAGUGGAGCCGUCUGUGUCUGAAUGUUUCUUCGCGCAGGCGUUCCGCCAGCUGCAUCAGGUAGACCCGGCAUUGUUAAGGCGUCAGAUUGAUAGCAAAGGUCGACUUUUCAGCGUCAAGUUUCGCGGUGAGGAAGGUGUGGACUGGGGUGGAGUGUAUCGUGAGGGUGCCACAUCCAUCGUCGACGACUUGUUUUCUUCACAUUUCAGAUUGUUCGUAUUGUGCCCCAACGGCCAGCACGACAUUGGCAACAACCGAGGAAUGUAUUUGCCUAACCCCAAGUGCACGUCUCCAGUUGCCAUACAAAUGUUCGCUUUCGUUGGCCAGCUUCUGGGAAUUUCACUGCGUACGCGUGGUGACUUUCCGUUCAUGCUACCAUCACUAGUGUGGAAGCAGUUGUUGGGCCAAACGCUCACGCGCGCUGAUCUCGAAGACACCGAUACCAUGUUUAUCCAAAUGCUGGACGGCAUUGCUAAUUGUGAUAACGAUGGCAUCUCCACGGAGGAAGAAUUCGCUACGGCCUUUGCUGGUCUUGAGUUGCGUUUUACUGCCUCGUCAUGCACAGGAGAAAAUAUCGAACUUGUGCCAGGUGGCCGUCAUGUCACGGUGGGGUUCCACAACCGAUUGGAGUAUUGUCGUCUUGCAGAGCUCGCACGUUUGGAGGAAUGCAGUGCACAGGUAGCUGCUAUGGCCCAAGGUUUCGCGAUGCUAUUCCCUCGCCGUGUGUUGACACUGCUAACGUGGCAGGAACUUGAGAUACUCACGUGCGGCUCGCCGAGAAUCGAUUUGGAUCUCUGGCAGAGACACACGCGUUAUGACGGCUACUCUGAGGACGAUCCAACAGUGCUGCUCUUUUGGGAGGCUCUUGGGAAGUUUUCCGAUGAGCAACGCGCAGAUUUUGUGCGCUUCGCAUGGGGCCGAAGUCGUCUGCCACGCGGUAAGUGGCCACAGCCUUUUAAGCUGUCCAAGAGAGGAGGUCGUGACGCCACGCGCAGCCUACCGGUUGCUCACACGUGUUUCUUCUCCGUCGAGCUUCCGCCUUACACAUCGCGCGAGACGAUGCGUUCCAUGCUGCUUGCUACCAUCACGUUUGGUCUUGGUGGCAUUCUCAUGGCUUGA